ACAACUAAGAGAGAGAGAGAGAGAGAGAGAGAGAGAGAGAGAGAGAGAGAGAGAGAGAAGAAGAAGAAGAAGAAGAAGAAGAGAAGUCCAAGACAGAGGCAGAGGUGACGAGGACAGACAGAGGACGCACAGAUAUUUGCCGUCAUGGCGGAAAGCAUGGACAUGGAGCAGCUCCUGGUGUCGUUUAAGAAGUUUGCCAUCCACGGAGACACAAAGGCCACUGGGAAGGAGAUGAACGGAAAGAACUGGGCCAAACUCUGCAAAGACUGCAAGAUCAUCGACGGCAAGAACGUCACCAGCACCGACGUCGACAUCGUUUUCACUAAAGUCAAACAGAAGACGUCCCGUGUCAUAACCUACGAGGAAUUCCAGAAAGCUCUGGAGAUGUUGGCACCAAAGAGGUUCAAGGACCAGAGUAAAGAGGACGCAGUGCAGUCCAUGUUCAAGCUCAUCGAGGGUAAAGAGCCCACCAACGUCGGCGUGACGAAAGUGGCGAAGACGGCGGCGGUGGACCGACUGACCGACACGUCCAAAUACACCGGAUCUCACAAAGAGCGUUUCGACGAGACCGGAAAGGGCAGAGGUCGCGAAGGCAGGGAGGAGAUCGUGGAGAACACGGGCUACGUGGGCGCAUACAAGAACGCCGGGACGUACGACACCAAAGUGAAGGGAGAGAAAUAACGGGUGGAGGGUGGAGCCACAGGGGGGCGCCCUACUGCCAUCCUACAGGAAGUUUAGCUCUUCUACAGCACUUAGUUCUGGACCAAACCUUGAACUUUGACCCCAUAGCUGUGUGUACAAGUGUGUGCGUAUGUGUGUGUGUGUAUGUAUGUGUGUGUGCGUGUGUGGAGGUUUGGCGGGCGGCUCUUUGUUUGGAGGUCAGAGGUCAGAUCCUCCUGGGCUGAAACUGGACCUGCUGAGCUCACCUCAUGCUCAGUGUGAAGUCUGAGAUGCACUGAGGUUCUGAUCCAAACAGUAAACUCAACGAACAAACAGAGGUGACAGGAUCCAUUCAGCUUCACCUGUAACCAACCAAACACAACCAGGUGUCCAUGUAGAGCCAAAGUCUGACAUCACUUCCUGUUCAGCCUCUGUCCCUGCACCUUCCGACUCAUAUACUGUCCACGUCCCUCCACUACAACACUAAUUAACACAACAUGAGUAUUAUUAUAGCAUCAAAAACUACAGCUUUUACACAUAUUUCUCAUCUUUUUCCUGCCUUCAUGUAUGUAUUUUCAUUAAUGCCUCUAAAGACACUUUUACACAGAGAUCACGGGAAAAAAAUGAGAUGGUGAUCCCACUUUUUUUCCCACCAUUGUCUGAUCUCCACAUCCAAGCCAAAGGAGUAACAAACAGAGGUGAGACAGGCUGGACUUUUACACAGUGGACCUGCAUUCCGGAAUCAAAGGGGCGGUGACACAGCGUUUAGUGUGACGUAUAACUUGCGCGUCAG